GGGCGACAGAUUUCUGUUCCGCCAGCUUAGGGAGAGGCAGCAGCAGCAGAGGAGGGCUAGAGCAGCAGAGGAGGUCUAGAGCAGCAGAGGAGGGCUAGAGCAGCAGAGGAGGGCUAGAGCAGCAGAGGCUAGCAGGGCACUUGUGAGUGAGGCCGCAGCUUCGAAAGCCAUGGCCACUUCUGCACAGCAGACUACUCAGGCCGGUAGUUCAGGAUCUGUCGGGUCAACAGUCGCGCAGACCCAGAGUCAGUCUGCUGGCGUAAUGGCAAGCCAGCCACUAGUGUUGAUGCCCGAUGAGAUCGCCAUACAACAAGCAGCAUUGCAGGAGGUACAGCUACAGAAGGCGUUAGGAGAUAUAAAAGCGGAGAAAGAAAGGAUGAUCAGAAGAAGAGCCAGGAUACAGCGUAGACAAGCGGACAUUAAUGAGUUAGAGGAGAUGGACCUGAUGCACGUGACAGAUAAUGUGAGGAUCAUCCGGUCUAUCCUGCUGAAUGUAGUGGAGAUGCAGGACCAGCAAACAACCAUCCUUCAGGACAUCCAGCAAAGUCUGGCCCUGUUGGUUGGGCGAGCGCCAGCAACGUCACCAGUGUCCGGGCCUGGUGCCUCGCCCAUUGUACAUCCUCCUCCUUAUGUCCCACCCGUGACUGGGGUAUCCCCAUAUGUAGCUCCACCAUCAGUAGCGAUCGUUUCCCUGGGCAUGCCGCUUUCAGGAGGGGUAUCAGCAGGGACUAGUUUGCAGGUUCCUGUACAGACAGUGUACACCCAAUCUCCGUUGCAGGUUGCAGUCACCACGCAGCCUGCUGCCUCGCAGCCUGUGCAGCUGCAGGGCACUCAGCCCCAGCAGCUAGCACAACAACCUGUGUCACAGGGUCCACAGCCCGGAGUGAUGCAGGGACCGGGACAAACACAGUGGGUCCCAAAGACGGCCAUCGCCGCUCCGAAACCCUUCACAGGGGAUAAGAGAGGUGAAGACCUCGACACGUGGUUGAGGGCAGUGCCAGUCUAUGUCAGGUGUAAACUUACCUUGCCGCACGAAGAAGUGCUUGUGGCUGCUUCCUACCUAGAGGGUAGUGCAGCAAGAUGGUUGAGUGGUUUAGUGCAGCUCCAGGGGUAUGGUCAUGACUUCCACGCUCGGGCGGUCACCCAGAAAUUGGAGGACUUCUUGAAGAUGGAGGAAAGGUGGCAUGAUCCUCAGGAGGCCCAAAGGGCCACUGACGCGAUCCUGACACUGCACACACGGCAGUUUAAGUCAGUAAGGGAAGCCACCGACACUGUUGAGCGUCUGAUCUAUGUCCCAAGGCGCCUGAGUCGACCUGUGGAGUCGACCUGUGCCAACAAACAUCGCAUGGUAGUCGAUGACUACCUCCAGGAGGUUGAGCGUUGCUUCCCGUACGCGGGAGGGGAAUUGAGACAUCGCGUCUCGUUCCUACACGCUAUGAAUCGGAUAUUCCAUGACUACUUGGAUAAGUUUGUCGUCGUGUACCUCGAUGACAUACUUAUUUUUAGUAAGACUGUCGAGGAGCACGUUGCACAUUUGGACAAAGUCCCCAGUCUCCUGCGACAGCACAAGUUCAAGAUCAACGGUGAGAAGUGCGAGUUUGGCCGCACCCGUGUCUUGUACUUGGGUCAUGAGAUAUCCGCGGAAGGGUUGAAGCUCGUUCACGCGAAGGUGGCCAGCAUUCGGGAUUGGCCAUGUCCUCAAUCUGUGACUGAGAUGAGAUCUUUCUUAGGAAUGACAAGCUACUAUGGGACUUUCGCUAAGAACUAUUGCAUAGUGGCCGCUCCUUUGACUGAUCCGACCCGCCUUGACACCCCAUGGGAGUGGACAGAUGAGUGCGAGGCUGCUUUCAGACAUCUGAAGCAUGCGUUGACGCACUACGAGGUCUUGAAACUUCCUGAUCCUAAUAAGCCGUUUAUAGUCACCACGGACGCCAGCCAAUAUGGCAUUGGCGCCGUGUUCGUGCAGCAGGAGGGGCCAAAGUUGAGGCCUGUAGAGUACAUGUCCAAGAAAAUGUCGUCUAAGAAGUUGGCUAAGUCCACCUAUGAGAAGGAACUCUAUGCGGUGUACAAGGCUCUGACCCAUUGGAGGCACUAUCUCCUUGCGAGGUUCUUCAUCCUCGAGACUGAUCAUCAAACCCUGAGAUGGAUGAGAACUCAGCCGGUGCUCUCUGACGCUCUCAAGCGUUGGAUCGAAGUCAUUGAACAAUAUGACUUUGACCCCCAGUAUAUGAAAGGGGAGUACAACAAGGUUGUUGAUGCCUUGUCGCGUAGACCUGAUUUCUCAGGUGCGCUGAUUACUGAGUCCGAUCUGACGGACAAUGUUACUCAGUCCUUGGUGGAAGCCUAUCACGAGGACCAGUUCAUGUCUGAGAUCAUACGCAGACUCCGAGCAAAGGACAAGAAGACCUCUGCCGAGUUUGAAUUGGUCAAUGGCUUGUUGUUCCUUGAGAAGGCAGGGAAUAAACGAUCUGAGUUGUGGAAAGCCGCUCCUGCGGAACAGGGGACCCAGUUGCAAAUGAUUUAUGGGAAUCACCCAGAGUCCAAUGGCCAAGCCGAGCAACUGAACCGCGCUGUUCAACACCUAUUGAGGCAUUACAUCAAGCCCAAUCAGGUGGAUUGGGAUGAGAAGCUUGCUCUCAUUGCCAGCUUGUACAACAACGAUGUACACAGCGCCACCAGGGUGAGCCCAAACAGCUUACUGCUAACUUUCAAGGCUAGACUACCCUUAGACUUUCUUCUUCCCGAGAAUCAGACCACUGCUGCACAAGGUACCUUAGAAUUUGCUUAUCGGUAUGAACAUAAGAUGCAGCAGGCUGUAGAACAAAUGCAGAAGGCACAGGCUGUAAUGAUAGAGUCUGAAAAUAGACACCGCCGUCCUUCUACGUUUCAGGUUGGGGACAGAGUAUGGGUUAAGUCUUCAGAACUGGGACAGGAGCACGGGAUUUCCCACAAACUCAUGCCCCAGUACUUUGGACCCUGGGAAGUCUUGGACAUCGUUGGGACAGAUCCGAAUCGACCAUCUUAUGUUAUCCGGAUCCCUGGUCAUCUCCGAACUUACCCUGUCUUUCACGCCUCCAAGCUUGCACCUUUCAAGGAAACAGAUGGGUUUCCUUCUCGUCGCUCAAUGCUGCCCCCAACCAUGGACGGAGAAGUGGACAUUGAUGACAUCGUGGAUCACAGGGAGCUGCCAGUUCAGAGACCUACAGGCAGGGGACGUCCUCCGAAACCGAAGUUCAAGUACCGCGUUCGGUUCCGACAUCAUACUCAUCCCAAGGAGGACCGCUGGUUCACAAGGGAAGAACUUAUGCAGACCGCUCCUCAAGUUGUAGCUCAUUAUGAGAAAUCUCUGCAGAAAGGAAAGCGCGCAAUGGUCCAAGAUUGAGCUUCUCAGAGGACUGCUGAAGCUAAGGAGGAAGGAAUGUGAGGCCACUGCCUCUAUGAGCCCCUUUCGGCCCCUCUCUUACAGCCCGUCAGCCGCCCUAAGUGAAGGCAGGCUCGACGAGGCCUUGAGGGCCUUAUUUCGGCCUCAGGCAGUUGCGCAGUGCAAGUUGGUUGAGGAAACCCAGGCCCUGGGCCGCCUGUGUGAAUGAAUGGAAAGCAAGCCCUGGGCUGGAUACGGGUACUGGGCCACACACAUGCCAAAGGCAGUUGGGCACAUGUAACUACCGCAGGCCCCAGGCCUGUUCUCUAUCGUAAUGGGCCUCACGCU